GUCCGAUCAGAAAGCCGACACACAGAGAUAGAAAUUAGCUCCGUAUCUUAUCAAGUAUAACCAUAAAGAAGUUGAAAAAUCUUGAAGCAAAGUUUGAACUCCUGGAGAUAAUCAUGUGUUAAUCUUCACCCCAAACUUACUAAUACCCAAUAGGAGCUGAAUAGUCACUGAUAGUCGACCAAUGAGAUCACAUCUCCAACUCAGUCUGACCAACGAGAAUUGAUAUCAGCCUGGUAGAAAGUGCGCUGACCAAUGAAAUGUGUUGCUGUUUCAAUUUAAUCAUAUCUCUUGCAUCCUGAACCCUUCCUCUGUCAAAAUUGAUAUACACGUGUUAUUUAUAGUUUGUAUAAAUGAAAAAGUUUUGAUAAGACACACUCACACGCGCGCACAUCUAAUAAAAUCUUUAAGAAGUUAACAACUAUUUUUGACAGAUCGUGAAAGAAGUAAUGUUUCAUUUUCAAGUUACCACAGAAGAAUCAUAGUGCUUGCGUAGUUAAAAAUCCAACAGAUUAAUCUGUUAUCACUAUUUAUUGUCGCAGUGCUUCUAAUGUGUUAGAAACUCGCAGGUUACUGUGUUUCAGCAAGUUAAUAAUGUCAAACGAAACGGAAGGCCUGAACGAAACUGUGAUUUUGUUUAAUGAUAUUAACAGCUCUCUGACCAACGAAACAAGUCCUCCAGAGGUGUUGCCAGGCUUUGUUCUCGAGCUAACAAAGAUUUUGUAUGGAGUCGUGUGUCUGGUUGGUCUGGGUGGGAACUCUUUGGUCAUCUACGUCGUUGUACGCUACUCUAAAAUGCAGACGGUGACCAAUAUGUACCUACUAAACCUGGCUCUUGCUGACCAGAUGUUUUUAAUCGGACUACCCUUCCUUAUUGCAACUAUGGCCUACGGAUACUGGCCAUUUGGACUGGUCAUGUGCAAACUUUACAUGACCAGCACGUCAAUUAAUCAAUUUACUAGUAGUCUUCUGUUGGCCGUAAUGAGCGCUGACCGUUACGUGGCCGUGUGCCACCCGAUCUCUUCUCCACGCUACCGGACGAGCUUUAUCGCCAAGCUGGUCUGUUUCUCAGCCUGGACGCUAUCUGCUCUUCUUAUGAUCCCCAUCUACAUCUAUGCUAAUAUAAUGCAGUCCAGCAGAGCCACUACCUGUACCAUCUUGUGGCCGGAAAGUGAUUAUACGGCUGGCGGGCAGAAAGCCUUUGUCUUGUACUCCUUUACAAUGGGCUUCGCCAUCCCCUUAAUCCUCGUUUUGCUCUUCUAUUUCCUGGUCAUCUGUAGGUUAAAAACCAUUGGCCCCAAGAAAAAGUCCAAAGAAAAAAAACGGUCACACCGAAAGGUCACUUACUUGGUUCUAACGGUUAUCACGGUGUACGUGAUCUGCUGGUUGCCAUACUGGGUAACUCAGGUCUACUUGUCCUUCCUGCCCCCAGACAACAGCGGUAGUAGCGUGGGGAUGCUGGUCUUCCUAGUGGCUGGUUGGUUGUCCUACGCCAACUCUGCUGUUAACCCAAUCCUCUAUGCUUUCCUGAGUGAGAACUUCAAGAAGAGUUUCGCCAGAGCUUUCGUCUGUGCUGCUACCAAAGACUUCAAUAACCAGCUUCAAGUAGAGAACAGCAUGUUUCCCAAAAACAGCAGUCGAGGGUUAGGAAGAAAGCGUGCUCACCAAGGAAGGGCAGUCAGAGAAAGUAAGACAGACGUAGAGAUGUCGACGGGCGUUGUUCUAGUUUCUCGCUGUAGCAAUCCCCUUGGAGAGAAAGAAUCUCUGAUGACAAAUGGUCCAAAUCAAAUACCUCUCAGCACCGAAGGUACCCAAUCUCAACCCCAGUAGCUCGUUGAACAGAUGAUGUUGAGUUGUUGUUUAGGAUGGAAUAACUUUAGAACGCUUCGACUCCAGCUUGUUUGGAAGUUUGGGCUUUAUAUUUGAAACUGUAUAGUAUGCAGAAAGUGAUCACGGAUCAUACAAACAUUAAAAAACUCAGUUAAACCUUUUAUUUACUCUCACUUGAGGAUUAUUCAG